AUGAUGGCACAAGAUGUUGCUGAUCGAAUAGCCUGCAGGCUAUUCCCAACAACCCUGAAGGAAGUGGCGCUCAGAUGGUACUCCGCUUUGCCGACUAAUUCAAUUCAAAGUUGGGAGGAUCUAACCAAUCAAUUCCUUGUACGGUUCGCAAAAAGUAAAGCGCAGUAUAAAUCCACACAUGCCUUGAAAACUGUACGACAAGGAGCACAUGAAACUCUGCGCGAUUACCUUAAUAGGUUUUUUGAUGAAGUGCUCCUAGUAAGAUAUUUAGAUCCACAAGUUUCCCUACAUCUUAUCAUAGAGGGAUUGCUUGAAGGUCCAUUUUCUAUGUCGUUGGCUAAACAACGCCCACAGACUAUAGAGGAACAAAGAGCGCGGUCUGAAAAAUUCAUUAAUCUUGAAGAUUAUAAACGAUCACAGGAUACGUCUGGCACCAAAUCAGAAUUGGACCAUUUUGAAAAGGAUGUCCAAAAGAAUUUUCAAAGACGAUUUCACGAGAAAAGGAAAUGGGAAAAGUUUGAUAAUUACACUCAUUUGAACACGUCUCGAAGACGAAUCUUGAAAGAAGUCUUCCAAACUAGUUACAUGCGCGUUGCCAAACCCCCACCGUUGAAAAAAGGAGGACAACACGAUGAAACCAAAUUCUGCGAGUUCCAUAAUGAUACCGGUCAUACCACUGAUGAGUGUUUUGACUUGAAAAACGCCAUUGAAACACUCAUCAGAGCAGGCAAACUCCAGAAAUUCAUUGCUAGUUGCAGAGAGUAUAAAGGACAAAGAAGGCGCGACAGAAGUCCUGAUUGCGAUCAAAAUUCUAAACGACAAAGGGCAUUUCCCAUGAGAGACUAUAACCCUGCCGGAAAUAAUGAUAACAGGAACGCGCACGAUGACCCCACUGAUAAACGUCAAGGAACUCUAGCGCGGAAUAAACAACAGACUGUGCAACAACACCAACUGCCCAAUAAUGCUGCCGGAGUGUUAGCCACCAUCGCUGGCGGAACUGCCGGAGAGGAGCAACUAGUUCACAACGUAAGAAACAUCUGA